AUGGACCUCAUGAGCGCUCGACUCAAGUCUUUUGGCUUCAAAAACAAAAAACAACACACCUCCGGAUCCAGCACUUCUCAUCCUAAUCCCCUGGUCGUCACCCCCUCCAACGGUACAUCCCCCAGCUCCCCACCCUCCGGCCACAGUUCGUCCACAACGAGUCUCCCAAUGAAUCCGCAAUCGCAACUCGGUCGCCCCCCGAGUUACUCUAUGGGCCGUCCCACGAGUCCGAUGGCACAACAAUUCAGUCAACACCCGCCCCCACUCAACACCAACAUUCACUACUCCCAGCCUGGCGUCACCCAGCUCAACGCACCACCCUACCCGGGGAUGCAGCAGCCCAUGCAGGGCAUCCAACAAACCAUGCCUCAGCAUCAGCCACAGCCUCAGUACCGCAACCCCGCCAUGGAGAUUGAGGCCGCCAACCGCAGUAAGGCCCAACUGAUCGUCGGUAUUGACUUUGGUACCACUUUCUCUGGUGUCGCAUUUGCCUUUGCGACCAACAAUGAGGCCCGCGAGGACAUCAUCACCGAGUGGCCGGGUGCCGGUACCCAUACUAAGCAAAAGAUUCCCACUGUCCUCUACUACGACCAGUACCAAAAGGUUGUAGGAUGGGGCCCUGACAUCGCCGAUGCCCUCGCUCCCACUGGAUACCCGAAGCCUGGAGUGCAGAAGGUCGAAUGGUUCAAGCUCCAGCUGAUGCUCUCCGGCAACACGUAUAUCGACCCCAUCAACCUGCCGCCGCUGCCCCCGGGCAAGUCAGAAAUCGAUGUCGCCGCCGACUAUCUUUUCAAGCUGCGACAGGCCAUGCGCGCCCAGCUGCAGAAAACCCUGGGAGAGGUGUUCACUCGUGAGGAACGUAACAUCCGGUACUACCUCACUGUGCCUGCCAUUUGGAACGAUGCUGGCAAGGCUGCGACGCGUGCGGCCGCCAUCCAGGCUGGUUUCUUGCGCGACGAGAAUGACAACCGCCUGACACUAGUCUCGGAGCCUGAGGCGGCUGCCCUAUUCUGUGCCAAGACCGGGUUGUUGAAUUUGAAGGUCGGUGACGCUAUCCUGAUCGUGGACUGUGGUGGUGGUACCGUGGAUUUGAUUGCAUACGAGGUCGAGGAGGAGCAACCGUUUAGUGUGAUGGAGUGCACGACAGGAUCUGGAGACUCGUGUGGUUCAACAGCCCUGAACCGGAAUUUCAGCAACAUCCUCCGGGCUAAGAUUCGCAAGAUGAAGCUGCCGGAUGGCUCUCGGACAGCGGGGAAGGUCUACGCCAAGUGUAUUAUGGACUUUGAGAACCGCAUCAAGGCCGACUUCCGUAACAACGGUCAAAAGUGGGCCGUGGAUGUCGGUAUCGAGGCCGACUUCCCCGACGCCGGUAUUGAGGAGGGCUACAUGACCUUCACCAACGAGGAAAUCCUGCAAUGCUUCGAGCCUGUCGUUAACCGCAUUCUCGAGCUGGUUCGGAACCAGAUCAUCGCCAUCCAGGCCCAGAACCGUCUUCUGCAGAAUGUCUUGGUCGUCGGAGGAUUCGGUGCCUCGGAGUACCUUUUCCAGCAGAUCAGACUCCACGUCCCGCCGCAGUACCAGUCGAAGGUGGUUCGCCCCAUGGACUCAGUUGCCGCCAUUGUCAAGGGUGCCGUCACAGCAGGUAUCACGGAGCGGGUGAUUACCCACCGUGUUGCUCGUCGCCACUACCUGAUGGCUACUCUGCAGCCGUUCAAGGAAGGCUACCACCCGGAACAGUACCGAGUGCCCAGUCUGGAUGGGCGGGACCGGUGCAAGUACACGCGCCAGAUCUUCGUGCAGAAGGGCGAGCGUGUCAAGAUCGGCGAGCCGGUCAAGGUCAGCUUUUUCCGCCAGGUCGCACCCGGUGCCACCCUCAUGUACGAGGACGUGCUGUACGCCUGCGACGAGGAUGUGUGUCCUGAAUACACCAAGGAUCCUCGCAUCAAGGAGGUCGUCACCCUCACCUCGGACCUGUCGCGCAAGAACCUUGAGACCGAUUUCGAGCGCAUGGACACGCCCCAGGGCAUCUUCUACCGUGUCUACUUUGACAUUUACCUCACCCUGGACGGCAGUGAAUUCAGCGCCGAGCUGGUCUGCCAGAACGAAAUCAUGGGUCGUUGCCGGGCCAAGUUCCGGUAA